AUGGCAUUGCUGGAAAUCAUCAUAGAUGAAGAGCAACAUUUAUAUUAUGAAACUCUUCUUCAUUGUAAGCUGCAGACAAUAUUGGCCAAUAAUCCCCAGCAGCAGACAAUAGUGGCCACCAGUCCCCCGCAGCAGACAAUAGUGACCACUAGUCUGCAGCAGCAGACAAUAGUGGCCACCAGUCCCCAGCAGCAGACAAUAGUGGCCACCAGUCCCCAGCAGCAGACAAUAGUGGCCACCAGUCCCCCGCAGCAGACAAUAGUGGCCACCAGUCCCCCGCAGCAGACAAUAGUGGCCACCAGUCCCCAGCAGCAGACAAUAGUGGCCACCAGUCCCCAGCAUCAGACAAUAGUGGCCACCAGUCGCCAGUACCAGACAAUAGUGGCCAAAAGUCCCCAGCAUCAGACAAUAGUGGCUAACAGUCCUCAGCAUCAGACAAUAGUGGCCAACAGUCCCCAGCAUCAGACAAUAGUGGCUAACAGUCCCCAGCAUCAGACAAUAGUGGCUAACAGUCCCCAGCAGCAGACAAUAGUGGCCACCAGUCCCCAGCAGCAGACAAUAGUGGCCACCAGUCUGCAGCAGCAGACAAUAGUGGCCACCAGUUCCCAGCAGCAGACAAUAGUGGCCACUAGUCUGCAGCAGCAGACAAUAGUGGCUAACAGUCCCCAGCAGCAGACAACAGUGGCCAACAAUCCCCAGCAGCUGACAAUAGUGGUCGGCUGCUGGGGACUGUUGGCAAUAGGUGCCACCAGUACCGUGACCGUGGGGCAGCAGAGACAGCAUCAGGCGGCCAGGGCGUCACGGAACAUCAACAGCAUCUUUUAA